UAUUUUGGUCACUGAUGAUACUUGCACGCUCUGGGUGGGAUCAGUAGGACCUCCGGUCUGUGAAUUGACGGGUUGCUUUUUCCUGAUCCAAGAUGCUAAGCAGUCUUCCACCAGUUCUUCCAAUUAGCUUUCCCAGUCCACAAGCACAGUCUUACGCGAGUCUGGAGGACCGUCAAACAGCCAGUCUGCAUCUAGCCCAUCUCUAUAUUUAGGUGCUGGCUAAGCUGCUUAACUACAGCAGCUGUGUUGGAUGAGGGGGAAAUACUGACUUGAGUUUCCUUUGCUUACCAGAGGCACUGCAGCGAAUGUCUCUGCACUGAACUGUCUAAUGUAAACUUGGGGGAAAAAAAAGUUGUACUAAAGGCUGAUACCUAACAUAGCUUGCCUGGAAGAUGUAUUUAUGAUAAAAUUAUGCUAGUAUAAAAAUCCCUUUUCAAACAGUUAUGUCAGUGUUUAGUAUGGUGUUAACUGCGUAAGAAGAAUAUUGAUCUAAACGGACUUUGUUUCAAAGAGCAUUUUGUGGCUAAUAUUCAUGAAGGUCUUGGCUUUUAGAAUGAUACUUCCUUGUGGAAUGCUGAGAAAAUAUGUGGAGAGGCUUUCUUUAAAGAAAAGUGAUUUUACUGCCUAAUUUUUCAGUAGUCAGGUCAAUGUUUUUGACAAGCAUAUGCUUAUUUUUAAAGCUAGUGUCAUGCAUUGUUUCUACAAAUAUUUCCUCCUAACCUCAAAUUUACCUUUCUUUUGCGGUGCUUUGGCAGCCAUUUCUGCACUUUUGUAGAGGUAGCAUGUCCACAGCAAAACUUCCAUCUUUUCCUGAACUCAUAUCGAUUUUUACUGUUGGUUGGAGAGCGGUGCCUUAUAAAUUGGAGUGUAAAGUAGCACAGGUACCAGUCUGCUGAAGUGCUGGCUUUCCUAAAAAUUUUGUAUAAAUCAAUGAAUGAGGUUCUGAAACAAAAAGGGAGAGUUGCAAGCCAAACAUGAAGAGAGAAUGGAAAUUGCUUUGUGUUGAAUGUUGUGGCAAGCUGAAUAACUGCUGAUUUGGAAAAAGUCUUUAAUGUCAUUAUAUGGCAAGCAUAAUCUGGAAAAUAAGAGCAGACUUUGGCCCUUAAAAGAAAACUACACUUUUUCUACCAUCUACCGUAUUUAAGCUGUACACUUUGACCUGUAACUAACAUUGAAGUUCAGGGCUGGUUUGGUUAAUGAUUAUAGUAUUUUACAUCAUUUUAUUGUACUUCUCAGAAGCUCUUAAAAGUGUUUCCUCAAAAGCAGCAACAAGAAGAUACCAUGCAGGAAAGAAAAAAAUAAACUGACUAUUGUUAGCAAUCAUAGCAAUUGAGAACAUAGGAGUUUCUAUAUAUGUAGUGAUUGUAGAUUGGCAAAAAUGGAAGUUCUUAGUGAGAAAUAGUACGUGUUUCUAGCUUUUGGAGAAUAGGAAGGGCUGCAGAGAAACAGAAUUUUAAAGUUACCAUGUUUUUGCUUUUUCCUGGUUAGACAAUUUUGUAGGCCUGGACUUAUCCCUAUCUAUAGGGAUCUUUCUUUAUCUUAGGGCAGGAUUUCCAUACGUAUGCUAAGUCCACUCUGCCCAGCAUAUCUAGAAAUUCCGGACAUCUCUACAAACAUUGAGCAGAAAGAAAGUUAUGGUGGUGCCCAGUGUUUUCACUUAAUUGGGGGAUCAAGAAGGUACAUAAUAGACUUGGGGUUCGAUGCUGUAGAUGGCAAUAAAAGGAUUAAAGUUUUAUGCCCUGCAUAGUUCCUCUAUGAACCUGCUGUAGGUCAGAGAGUUUUGAGAAGCAUCAGACCUACUGUGUAUGAACUGUACGGUUUAUAUGUGGUUGUUCAGUGAAUCUAGCAUGUCCUGAGGGCAGUAGAUUUACUGCACGUGUGCAUACUAUGAGUAUGUACAUAAAUCUGUCCCCGAGUUCUGGCCAUGAAAUGUGAUAGCUCUGUCACUUACCGUGCAUGUUGCAAAGUGUGUAACAUCUGAAAAGAACAUCCAGGAUUAAGAUAAACUUACUAGAGUUUCCAGUGUUGGUAGUAAUUCACAGUUACCUCUUUAAGUCCAUAACCAUGUAUAAAUGCAUUUGUAAUACAAGGCUUUAAAAUGAUAAGGAAUGGAAACUUCCCUAUGGAAUUACCUUAUUGCAGUAUUUCGAGGUCCCAGCAUUUAUUUUUACGUAUUGUAUUCAAAUGUGAUUCCUCUUUCAAAACGAAUUUUUCUUACACUGUUGCCUUCACAAAUUGCCUUUCUUGGGAUCUUUGUAGUUGAAUUUUCAGUGACUGAGAUUGAUGGAAUUACUAUUUUUUUCUUCAGAAAACCUAUCCCAAUUUUUGAGAACUGGAAACAUCAGUUGUUGAAUUCGAGAGUGGAUAAUGGGGCUUUUCUAUGAAAUGGUAGUGGUACAAUUAACUAUAUAUCAAAUCCUUUUUAUGGAGUGUCUGAAAGGUCAGCAUGUAUCUUUGCUGCACAAUGCAGACUUUAUCUUACACAUUUUACCUUUUUCCUUUCAUUUCUGUUACUUAAUUAUCCUCACAUUCUUCUUUACUAAAAUUGUUUGUGACAUUUACCAACACAAGUAGAAAUGAGAAGGAACUGUGAUAUAACCUUGAUAAAUUACCUCUUUCAAGAAAAUAUUUGAAUAACUUACCACAGUAGUUCUAGUAUGCAUUAAAUGCACAAAAGCAACGUGCGUGAUUAGGUAUUUGACAAUGGUACAGCUUCUCUCAAGUCCUCUUUGAUUUUAUUACACAUCAUUUGCAUGUUUUGUAGAAGUAAAUUUAAAGACUUCAUCAGGUAAGCUUUGGUCUGUAUCUGAUAAACCCACCAAAUUCUAAAUGUUACAGAAACUCUGAAUACGAUCAGAGCAGCUGCUCAGAAAAGUUCUGCAUCGUGGAGUUUAAAUGCUGCCCCUGGCUGAGUAUUGCCAGCGUGCUAGUGCAGCUUUUUCAGGGCAGAAAGGGCUUAAUAUAAACACAAAUCCCCUUCAGAUAUAAUACGAAGUUUUCAGAAGAAAAGUCAGUUCAGGACCAUUGCUCCAAAAAUGGUACCAAAAAUUUUAACAUCUGGGGUGGUUUCUUGUCUUCAGUCAUCUUUGCCUGAGCAAAAUGCAUCAAUUUCAGCUGCAGGUUCUAAACCGCUGGUGGUACCAACUCAAAACUAUGCUGUCAUGCAGGUGGCUGGGCACGAGGGGACUUUUUCUCUGUUGGCCUUGCCAUGUGUUGCCCCGGCCCUAACGCAGCAAGUCCAGCAGCCAAAUGUGGCCCCUUCUGAAAACCUAAAGCUGCCUAUCCCUAGGUACCAAUCUGUAAGAAAUAAAUUGCGGAGUGACAAAAAACCAGCACAAAUCUCUGUUUUGGGUACAUAUAACGAGAUUCCUACCAAAGCAUCGAUCUCAUCACAGACUUCCUCCAUGACUACAUUAACUGAAGACUGUUCUGAAACUCAUUCUAGUUCAGAUUCAACAGAGCAAGUGAUGCUAACAGACCGUGACUCGGCUGAAAUUACAGUUGCCACAUUAGUAAAUAAGAGCAAUUGUGUGGAAUCUGGAUCUCCUUUAGUGAACAAAACUGAAAUUGCUAACGGUAAUGUCUCUGGACCAUCGGUAGUUAAAGACUUGUUAUCCAAGCAGGCGAGUACAUUUAAUCCCAUGAAAUUAAGUCUACGCUCUGUGAAGACAGCAUCUGAAACCACAAGAGAGUCAUUCAUAACAUCUGAGAAACUAAAGGAAAAACCGACAAAUUCUGCAAAUUCUGUUGCUGUCCUGUCACCGGCAGUUUUUGGCAGUACAAUACAGAUGACUCCAUCAGCACCAAGAGGAAAACUUCCUAUUUUGCCUUACUCAAGGAUGAAAAAUGCAGUGUUCUGUAAAUCUAAGCAGAAUACUAAUAUUACAGAUGUAUCUGGUCCUUCAUUAAGAUCUGAAUGUGAAAAGAUACCAGCUUUGGCAAAACCCUUUCAUGUUCCUUCUAAAGCAUCUGAUAAACGACCGGCUGUAUCAUUUACACAAGUCCCCAAACAAACCAUUCGAGAAAAUACUCUCUCUCCAUCCAAUAAAGUGGAUGUCGACGGUCUUAAAAAAUUGAACGGUGCAGCUUCUAAAAGAAGAGGCAGGAAAAGAAGAGCCACAGAUGAUUUAUUGGCUUUUCAGACCAAGCGAAGGAAAUGCAUCAUUAAUAAGUUUAGAGAAGGGAGAGAGCGGGCGAAAGUUGAUCUUCAGCCACCUGAAGACAAAAGAGCAGAAGCGGUGAAAAAAUACCGUAGCAUUAGACCAAAACCAGUGGUGGUUGUGCAGGCUUUUGCACCGCUGACUUCUGCAGCAAUAGUAGAGUCACCGCCUCCUGACGGUUUAGACCAAGAUAUUUUUUCAAGUGGUUCACUUCCCAACAAAUACUUAAGUUACAAGCAUAGUGAUGCUACAUCAGCUAAAUCAAGUGAUUUAAGUAGAAACGUAUGCUCAACCGUACCUAAGCCGUCACAUACAUGUCAUGUUUGUAACCAUAUCUUCCAGUUUAAACACCAUCUUCAGGACCAUAUGAACACACACACAAACAAACGGCCUUACAGCUGUCGAAUUUGCCGGAAAGCGUAUAUUCACUCCGGAAGCCUGAGCACGCAUAUGAAACUUCAUCACAAUGAAGGCAAACCCAAAAAACUUGUGUGUUGUGAAUUCUGUGCUAAAGUUUUUGGCCAUGCAAAAGUGUAUUUCGGUCACCUAAGAGAAGUGCACAGGGUUGUUAUCAGCACAGAGCCCUCUACUAACGAGCAACAGCUGCAAGAUGCUUUAAAGAAGAGGGACACAAAUAUAAAAGAAGCAGAAGAAGCAAUGGAGAGGGGAAAUAAGUGCAAUCUUGAGGACCUAUUCCAUAACCCAGGAGAAGUGAAAUUACAGAUCAAAUGUGGUCGAUGCCAGUUUAUUGCACAGUCUUUUGGUGAAAUGAAGUUUCACUUAUUGUGCUCUCAUGGAGAAGAGAUCCAGGGAAGAGUAAAGGAAGGAGCUUUGCAAGGAAACAGAGGAGCUAAGGGGGAACUGAUCAAACACACAACCCACUUCUGGAAACAGCACAAUGAGAGAAGACAUUUAGCAAAAUGCAGUGCCCACGAGGAGGAGUUUUAUACUUUUUCAAAACUGAAAAGACAGAUACACUUUCACCAUCAAAAUAACGUCGAUAUGUUAUCUAAAAGCGAACUGAGUCAGUCAGGAAGCGGUGAAGCAGGCAAGAUGCAAAAUGUAGGUUUUGGUACACCAAACAAAAAAUCAGAGAUUUGGUCAAAAGCAAGCUAUAACUGCAUUUUAUGCAAACAGUUAUUUGAAAGAAAAGAGGAUCUUUGUAAUCAUUGGCAGAGUCAUCAUAACUGUGAAGACCCUUCCACUUUAUGGACAAUUUUUAGUUUGUUAUCAAAACAAGGAAUUAUUGAACUUUCAAAUAAUGGUGAACAUUGAAGCUCUAUUCUACAAUGAUAUGAAAAACAUCAACUACCUUACCAAAUUGUUUAUGGUUUUUUGCUGUGUUGCUAAUCUAACUCAAGAGAUAUAUCACUUCAGAGGUUUUCUUGGUAGGCUUGUUAGGUUUAUUUUAAGUUAUGCUAACCUGUAUUUUUUAAAAUAGAAAAUGUAUUUAUCCAGUAUCCUUCCAGAUGGGUACAUGCAAGCCAAUUAGGAAACACUGUACUUAAAAUUCAUGCUUAAGGAACAUAGCAGCAGCAAAUACUCAAUAUGAAUGGUUAACAUCAAGAAAAAGAUUCUCAAAUUAUACUACAGACAGAGAAAUAAAUCAGUUUAUAUGAAGUAAUCUCAAUCUUGAAUGGAAUAACAAACCAGACUAAAGUGUAAUUUCAGUUUCAACUGUGCUUCCAGAUUUUAUGGCAAAUGUAUAAUUCCAUGCAGUUCUCUGAAUCAUUUGAAUGUGCAUACAUGCAGCCGGCAUUCAGGAGCUUUGUAACCUAUAGGUCAAGAGUUUUAAUUCUUGUUUUCUUGAUUUCAGUGUCUUCAUCCACGAUCCUUGCUUGCAGGUUUGCUAUUGGCAGGUAUUUGAAGUGUUAUAUUCUGUCCUGGUAACAGCGAAAAUGAAAAACCUACACGUUUUUUUUUGCCUGUAGUCUUUGGGUUGAAGCUGAGUUAGUUGCCACCCAUGAAGACGGAACCCUCAAAGCUUGACUGCUUUAUGAAAAAAAAAAACAAACAAGUUUAUUUUAAAAAUAGUAGUUGAGUUGGUUAUUCCUGGGAAGUUUGACAUUCUGCAAUAGACUGCAUGAUUCACAGUGAACUUUGAGCAUAUUCCUUGCACCGCCUGUGACAGCAGCACGACUGGUGCCAGCACCGUUAGCACGCUGCCUUUCACACUCUGGGUGUAUGGCUUUGUACCUCUGCAGGUGACACAGUCUGUGGCUUUAGAGGGAAAUUGUUCCCGCACUUCUGAGUCUGUGGUACACGUAAUAAGUUUUUUUCACUUGCGUUGCCAGAUAUACUGUACUAGAGGAAUUGCAUGCGGCACCUUAACCUUCCGAUGUCAGGAGCCAGUGGCAGUUGCCUUACCAGGAUGCAAAGCAGGCUGUAGUGCAGGAGUAGCGCGUACUGCGUCCCCUGCUGCAGAGCAGGCACGGCACGGCACCGUUUCACCACAUCUCCAAGGGGGCAAGUCAGUUCAGGCUGUAAGGAGAUGGAGUUCUGGAGCUCAGUUUUGAUGAAAAGGUCAUUGAACCAUUGAAUCUAGUACGAAAUUGGUGUUAAACUGCUGUUACUUAAAGCCUUAUGUACCUCUGAAUUAUUUUGGGAGCAAUAAUGGAGAUAGUGUAAGAAGCCACUGUAUCACCAUUCAGCAGAAGUCAGAGCACAUCAGAGGGCAAACUGAAAAAUCCAGCAAUACUGUCUCUACAGUACUACUGUAUUCAUUCCUUCUUGUGGUCAAACUGUAAUUGAGGGAUUGCAACGAUGAAAGAGUCAUUCCCAAAAUGCCCUGUGUGGCCUCUCACUGUUUUGCAAAAUUUGUGGUGAUGGGAACGUGAGAAGAGAUCUAAAAAUGUUGGGUUUUCUGAGUGGGAUUACAGAAGCUGUUGCAAUAUUUUGUGUAUGUCUUUUGUUUUAAAAUAUUAAAGGCAGUUUUGAUGA